GUGAGAAUGUCUUUCAUCCUCUUUGGGGCGAGUUUAUCUUAUCGGUUAUUUCAUUCAUUUUAUUGCCUUUUAGCUUUAUUUAUUUCUCUUCCCUCUUGCACCACUUUUGCCACUUUUUUUCUCGCAUUUUCUCCCUCUCUCUCUCCAUGCGAUGUGUGAUAAAAACUCCGGGUUUAAAUCCAAUUAAUGCAUAAAAUUAGCUAUUUUGCCUGUUUACCAAUCAGUUCUGUGCUGAAUCUCGAAGUGAUCACAAAUAUGCAUUCAAUUGAUCUCUUCUCCUCAACUUGCUACAAGCAAAAGGCACGAGGAUCGACGUACGGAAGCUACGGGCCCAAGAAUCACCCCAUCAAUGUUCUGCGGUAUAAAUUCCCAACAAAAGUUCCGGUGAUCCUGGAGCGAUAUCGAUACGAAAGAGAUCUCCCAGAUGUUGGGCAGAGGAAGUAUGUGAUCCCACAGGAAAUGUCCAUGUCGCAGUUUCAUCAAAUGGUACGCCAGAGGAUGAAUCUCAGCCCCUCCAAAGCUCUCUUCUUCCUAGUCAACAAUCGCACGAUGGUAUCUCUCGGGAAAUCCCUCCUGGAAGUUUAUGACGAAUUCCAAGAUGCUGAUGGCUUCCUUUACAUCACCUACGCCAGUCAGGAUGUCUUUGGAUGAAAGAUCUCCCUCCCCAUCAUUAAUCUCUCUGACCGUCCGCAUGGCAUAUAAGCGGGCUUUGACUUGGCAUAAAAAAUGCUCCAAGCCGCGUUUAAGCGGUGAUAAUAGAAAUUUUAUAUUCAAUCACAACGAGGGUUAUCUCAUGUUUAGUUUAGAGACGACAGAUUAAUUAUAAAUCAAUUAAUGUUUAAGUCACAAUUUUUUAUCUAUGUUGACUAAGCUAAACUUUCUUCUAUCGCUAUCGCCGCUGCUUUGCUGUUGGCUUUCUCUAUCAGGAAGAAUAAAUUCAUCAUAAAUUUUCCAUUCCCCCAACUAAUAAGUAAUGCAUACAUAUUCCCAAUAAUCGGGCAUUUGAUAAAGCAGGGCGGGAUAACACUAUGUAAACAAACUGGCAGAAAACACAAUAUUAUAAAUUGUAUAAUAAAUUUUUAUUUUAAUAAGA